AUGCGCGUCGCUGCCUUCCUCGUUACCCUCUUCGCGGCACUGGUUGCCGCCGCUCCGGAGAUGACUCUGGAGAAGAUCCGCGAGCGCGAUCUCUGCGACUGCAACGAGGUUCGGCUGCCUGACUGGUCCGCCACCCGGGAGGGAAACGGCGGACAAACAGACGAGAGGCACACGGGGGAGUCAAUACAUGGCACGUACCAAGUCCUUCGGCUCAAGUUGACAUUGGGCAUCCAAGUCGCCAUCUACGCCCCGGACCUCGCCCUGGCCGUCGCGCUGAGCAUCUCCACACAUGGUCGCGAGAUUCUCGACGGCCUGGAAUACAUCAAAAGACAUAAGACGCCCCCACAGGAGUUGCUCGACCAGACUCCAUCGCCCAGGCCGGCCAAUGCAAGGCUUCCUGCCGGCUGGCGCGACAAGGAGGUCGCUCAGUUUGACCCCCGCCGUCAGCAAGGGAGAGUUGCCCCACCGGUGGCCGCCUCCGCUGCAAUGGAUUAUGAUACAGGCGCGUCGUCAUUUGCCACCGGCCAGGAUGAACACGGGCUUCAGAACGAGCAGAGAUUGACCAGGGCGCUGGACUGUCAGCGAGCGGGCAGCAAGGAGAUGAUUCGAAAAGACGUCGAGGUGCGGGUCACCCGGAUCCCGCACACUUUCCACAAAGAUGAGCUCCGCUUUGAAAGAAACGGCCGCAUCCAGUCGUCGACCGAGGAUGAUUGGGCCAAGGGAAAGCGAGACAGCCGGACAGUGUGGUUCUACCGCCAUGGGAAGAAGACGGUCUACUGGACUAAGUAG